AAGUUGGGCGUGAGUGUGUUGCAUGGUAUUACAUGCUCUGAGUCUUUCUCGUGUGCAUCGUUGAUCCACUCACUCGUUUCCAAGCCACAAUGAUUGCCACAAGGUCUCUGAGGCACUUAGCACUCUUGUCCACCCCAGCAGCACCAGGUCCAGUGCUCGUUGGAAGUGGCAAGUUGGGGGGCCCUUGGUGUACUAACAGUUACGUAACAGCUUCUGCAUCCUUGCUCUCGGGUUCUUCUGGGAGUACAUCACAGUUCGGUCUACCUGCUAACUCGGUUGGGGCCAGUUCACCUUCGCCAACCUCUGUUGCCGGACCAGGAUUCGCAUCCAGCCCCUACGUGCCCAUCUUUAACUUGCAGAGAAGAACCAUGAGCUCCAAUUCCGGCAAUUAUCUCAUCGACGAGCCCAAGUAUGCCUUCCUGAAGCAACUAGGCAUCCAGAAGGACAAUGCCGGCGUUUUCAACGGCCAAUGGUUUGGAUCAGGCGAGGUAGUGUCCUCUAUUUGCCCGGCCAACAACCGUCCCAUUGCCAACGUGACUACGGGCAGCGUUGAUGAUUAUGAAAAGGUUGUUCAGGCGGCCGAGGAGGCUUGGGAAAUUUGGGCCGAUUUGCCAGUGCCCAAGCGAGGCGAGAUCGUGCGUCAAAUUGGUGAUGCUCUCCGAGAGAAGUUGGAGCCUUUGGGAAAACUUGUUAGCUUAGAAAUGGGCAAAAUUGUUCCCGAGGGCAUUGGUGAGGUCCAAGAGUAUGUGGACAUUUGCGACUAUGCCGUAGGGUUGUCUCGAAUGAUGGCCGGAAAGGUCAUUCCGAGUGAACGCCCUGGUCAUCAACUUCUGGAAUGUUGGAAUCCAUUGGGCGUUAUUGGAGUUAUUUCCGCGUUCAAUUUCCCAGUGGCUGUCUACGGAUGGAACAACGCACUUGCCAUGGCUUGUGGCAACGCUAUUAUUUGGAAAGGAGCCCCGUCUACCCCUUUGGUGUCCGUGGCUACUACUCGAAUCGUGGCUGAUGUUUUGGAAAAAAAUGGCCUGCCCGGAGCUAUUUGUUCGCUCUGUAGUGGAGGGGUUCCCGUUGGCGAAAAAAUGGCCAAGGACCCCAGAAUUAAGUUGUUGUCCUUUACUGGAAGUACCGAGGUGGGACGCAAAGUGGCCUUGACCGUUCAGGAAAGGUUUGGUAAACACCUUCUCGAGCUGGGCGGCAACAAUGCACUGAUUGUGGAUGAAGAUGCUGAUGUUGAGAUGGUGGUUCGAUCCGCUACCUUCGCUUGCGUGGGAACCGCCGGACAGAGAUGCACAACUCUUCGACGAAUGAUUUUGCAUGAAGCCGUGUAUGAUCAGGUUUUAGAGCGUUUGAAGAAGGCCUAUGGUUCGAUCAUGAAUCGCGUGGGCGAUCCUUUAGAUGAUGGUGUUCUCUAUGGCCCAUUGCACAGCAAGGCUGGUUUGGAAGCAUACAAGAAAACUUUGGAGGAUGCCAAAAAAGCUGGUGGAAAAAUUGAGUUUGGAGGCAACGUUAUGAACCGAGAGGGCAACUUUGUGGAACCGGCCAUCGUCACUGGCUUGCCUCACGAUUCGCCCGUUGUCCAUCGCGAAACAUUUGCUCCGAUCGUGUAUCUGCUGAAGUGCAAGUCAUUGGAGGAGGGUAUCGCUUGGAACAACGAGGUCGAGCAAGGACUUUCCUCCUCGCUCUUCACGAAAAACGUGGAGCAUGUAUUCAAGUGGAUUGGACCAAAAGGAUCUGAUUGUGGAAUCAUCAACGUCAAUAUUCCAACUUCUGGUGCAGAGAUUGGUGGAGCCUUUGGAGGCGAGAAAGCCACCGGAGGUGGCCGAGAAUCUGGUUCCGAUGCCUGGAAGCAAUAUAUGCGGCGAUCAACUUGCACCAUCAACUAUUCCAAGGAACUUCCGUUGGCUCAGGGUAUCAAGUUCGAGUAAUGCAUCUUAACGGCUUGUUCAUUCCAAAGUUCGUGUGCACCUUAACAUCUUGAUCUUGACUUGGUUGGAACCUGAGCGUGCGUGUGCUUUGUUUUUACGAAGGAAAAAGCCAUUCAUCUUGCAAAGCAUCGGAAACUAAAAAAGACCUAAUCCAAGAAGUGACUUCGCUUGUGGUGGACACUGUUACAACCUGAAUCAAAAUCUCGGAAUAGGUUCCUUUGGCAAAUUCAAUGCAUUUAUUUAUCAUCUCUGUAUUGGCUUUUCAACGUGAAACAAAUGCACUCGGUUACAAACA